AAUACAAUGAAUAUUAGAAAUUAUGUUUUCAUAAAUCAAUUAGUACUAAAAUUUGUUGGAUUUUAUCCAAUAAGUAUUAUAAGAUAUGUUAUAUGCAUUAGUUGCAUUAUGUUUAUUGUUAUACCACAAAUAAUAAUGAUUUAUAUAAAUUGGAAUGAUUUAAAUAUUGUUAUGGAAACAGGUUCAACUUUAUUGACAAUUUUACUUGCUGCAUUGAAAUCAAUAGUUUGGAUAUUUAAUAGAAAAAAUUUGGAAUUUUUUAUUGAAUUUAUGCUGACAGAUUAUUGGAAAAUAAUUGAAACUAAUGUUUUUGAAUAUUUACAAGAAUAUGCAAUAUAUGCUAAGAACAUUACCAAAGGUUAUUUCAUUUCAAUGUGUAAUGCCUUAUUACUUUUCUUUAGUUUACCUAUUAUUGAAAUAUUAAUUAAAAAUGAAAACUUAAAUAAUUUUACUAUAAAAAAUUUUCCAUUUGCUGCAUCAUAUCCUAUAACUUUUUAUAAGUUUCCCUUUUAUGAGAUUGCAUAUAUAUCUCAAAUAUUGGCAACAAGUAUUUGUUGUCUGAUGAUGCUUGCAAUUGAUAGCUUAAUUGCAACUGCUCUACUUCAUACUUGUGGACAUUUUAUAGUGCUUAAAGAAAAUUUAAAAAAUCUGGAUACAUACAUAUAUAAUUUAACUAGUUUGAAGACUAAUUCAAAACAUAUAAAUAAGAAUUUAUACGAAAUAAAAACUCAAAUAAUAUAUAUAAUUAAACAUCAUCAACUAAUUCUCUGGUUUUGUGAUAAUAUGGAAAAGAAUUUUCAUUUAAUGCUUUUUUUACAAGCAAUAAUCAGUAGUCUAAUAAUUUGUUUCGUCGGAUUUCAGAUUUCUAUAGCAUUAACAGAACAAUCUAAAUUUCUUGAAUCUUUUUCUCACUUAAUUGUAUCGCUUUUUCAACUAUUACUUUUCUGUUUUCCCGGAGAUAUUUUAAUGCGACAGAGUUUCAAUAUAAGCAUAGCUGCAUAUUCUAUACAAUGGUAUCAAUUGCCAAUUUUUAUUAAAGAUGAAAUAUAUAUGAUUAUAUUACGUUCUCAAAAACCUAGUUUUAUUACUGCAGGAAAAUUAUAUAUAAUGCAUUUAGAAAAUUUUACCGCGAUACUUAGUACUGCAUUUUCAUAUUUUAUGAUGCUUCAAAGCUUCAAUACAGAAGCUUAG